GUCGGCUGUGACUACUCUCUUGGGUUGUGUAAUGUCACUUUGGUAUUUAAGGUCUUCGAGACACUUGGUGAACUGCAUUGAUAGAUAAAGAUUUCCUAAAGGGGAAAUGAUGUCUUUAAGAAUUCCACCAUCUUAUUGGUUCAAUUAUUUGUAUUUCUCCUCACAUGGUUAUUAGCAAUUUCAAUGUUUAUUUCCUACAUCUAUUGAAUUUCUACGUGUCAUUCUGAAUUAUAGUAAGUAGCUUACAUCAGUUUCCUGCUAUUUAAAUCUUCAGGUUGUUCUCAGUGUGUUUGUUCUGGUGUUAUAUAAAAUUAACUAGAUAGUCACACACACACUCACACACUGUAGUGUGUACUCUUUUAAAUGUGUUUUUAUUUUUUUUACUUACGAAAGAAACCACUACCAUAUACAGUUGUGUCUUAUCAGUGUUUUAUUGUUAUGUUUGUGAUUUUUACAGCUUCCAUAGAUAGAUUCCAUGAAGAGAAUGAAUCAUUACAAUGAAUAUGAUGAACGCAAUGAAUUGUCAAUAAUUAUACGUGAACAAGAUAAACAGCGUAAUAACGGAAAUGAUGGUAUACAACUUGACAUGGAACAUUAUACUGUCAGCAGUCAAGAUUCGACAGUUAAUGACCAAGAAAUGGACGAUGAAAUUGUCAUCAAAAAUUUAAAUUUAUUAAAGUCUACAGAGACUUUUAGGUCUAAUAAUAAUAAUACUGAAGACGAAACUCUCUCUACGGUCAACACGAAUGAUGGUGAUGAUGAAUAUGAUACAUUGGAUGAAUUAUUUGAUAUUGCAAAGCUGCUAUCAGAUUCAUUAGAUAAUCGACAGCUAACAUCUACAGAGAAAGAACAACUAAUGUUAGACUCCACUGAUGGACAACAGUGUGUGGAAGAUGUUAACAGUCAAAGGGUGGAGGAUCUACAAACAUCUACAAUAUCUGAUACUAACAGAAGAGAUGACGAUAAUAAUGACAAUCAGGAGUUGUAUCCAACUGAGGAUAAUUUAAUAUCAAGUCGUAAUGUGGAAAUAAAACAAGUUGUCAUUGGUUACCCUGAUCGAAUGUCAAUUGUUAUCGAAGAGAGUGAUAUUGAUAAUGAUGAAGAUUAUGCAUCAGAGACAUCGGUUAGUCAAACCACCGUCAUUAAUAGUAACAAUUGGGGUAAUACUGAAAAAAUACUUAGUGGAAUGAGGACACCCGACCAACAACAAAACACCACCUAUGAAGAAGACUCAUCGUCAGGCGAUAUGAUGAAAUUUAUUAAUAAUCUCAAUGAACCUACACGACCGCGGUCACAAUCACCUUCUAGUUCAGAUGUAACAACUAUCGAUGAAAAUGAUGUGGCGUGUGAAAUUGAAAUUCCUCAUCAACCAUUAGAAGAUCAUUGGGUAGAAGAUUGCUAUGCUACUGUUGUUCGUCAUACACCUACAAGUACAAAUGCAAGUACAUCGACCGAGCAUCCUACAACUAUAUUUAUCCACAAUAAUAAUAAUAACAAGAAUAACAGCAACAACAGUAGCAAUAAUAAUAAUAGUAAUAGUAAUAAUAUUACACACUGUACAAUUAAAAAAGAAGCGGAUACUUCUAUUCAAGACGACCUGGACAUAUACAGUCCUCGAAAAGAGUAUGCUAAAAAAUCUGUAGACUCUAGGAUCCCAUCAAGGGAAUCAAUUGAACAGCCAAGAUGUCAUACUUGUAGAGAAAUUGUUUAUCCGUUAGAAGCAUUACAAACGAUUGGUCGAGUUUAUCAUAAAUCAUGUUUCAAGUGCCAUCAAUGCCAACGUGUUCUUACUUUGGGAAAAUACAGUGUAUGGGAAGGUAAUCCAUAUUGUGAACCACACUAUCUCGUCUUAUUCAAAUCAUUUGGACACUAUGAUGGCAAUGCACCAAAGACUUCAAGUACAACAUAUGAUACACCAUCUCAUAAUAGACGAAGCGAUUCACCAAUUCCAGUAGAAGAACGUCCAUCUGGACAUGUCACUCAAGCAUUAGUAGCUAAAUUUCAAGGUUUAGAGACUGGAAAUAAAAUGAAUGGUGGUGGCAGUACACAGAGUUAUUCAACUCAAAAUCAGCUUUCACGUAUUGUCCUCAACCCAUCUCAACCAGCAGCGACAAAUGCACAAGGCGAUGUAUUUCCAUCUUCUGGAAGAGCUCGUCAGUUAGUAGAACGUUGGAAUAAAAUGCCUAAUGAAAAGAAGAUUGUUGGUGGUCGUACAUCGCCUGUAUUGAAUGGAAAAUCGCAUGUUACAAAUGCUGCAUACAAAUUACCAAAUGUUGAACCUAAACCGUUAGUGAGAAGAACAUUGGAACAGCCAAGACCACUGGUUAGUGAAUUAAAACAAAACUUUAAUCAUAAACCUGAAGAUGAAGCCUAUAGUUCUGCUGCUGAAUCAACUGAAAGUGCUAAAUUAUCUAAUGUUUGUCGAACAAAAGACAGUAAACAAAAUGAAUUCCCAACUCCAGCAUAA